UAACACUACCGUGUAGCGUUACGUUCUCUAUUGUUACGUUGUAAAAAACCGGAGCAGCGCGGAGGAGCCCUGGUACUCUGGCUAAAAAAAGAGAGAGAAAGAAGUGUUGUUUUAAAACGACACCUUCUGUAUUGGCUUAAGAUGUUAAUGUUCGCUUUUAGUUGAGGACAGCGUUGUUUAACACGCCCAUUAAAGAAAGAAAAUGGACUCGACCCGGCCUGCUCUCGGUUUUAUUUCUAUUAUUACAGCCAGCUAUUCGCUAGAGCAAACGUCUUCCUCGUUUGUUCGCUGCAUGUUCUCGUAAAACGAUUAUCUUUUUUCAGUUUAGCAGACCGACAUUAUUGUGUGACGUGAUAUUUCUGUUUUAAGAGAAUCCACAUAUUGCCUGCACCAUUUAAGUCAUUGCCUCAUUCGCCUGCAUCACAAACUUAAGUGAAAUCCAACCUGAACAGCACAAAGUCCUGCAUAAUGGUCGCUUUGUUGUAGCCUAAUAUGUGUAAAUGUUGCUGCCAGAACCCGGGCAUUGCAAACCGGUCUUUCUGUUCUGACGAGACCACUUUCUCUGGGCUAAAGUCGCCUUUGUCUGUCAUCUGCUAACCUUGUGGACCAUCGCUGCAUUUCCGCUAACAGUAUUCCAAAAAAGGAGGAAAUACCGCCGACCCGAGCAGCGGUUUUACUUUCUGAAAGGCUUUCUGUUUGUAUCGAAGAACAUCAAGUUUCCAUGGAGACAGUAUCAGCUCUUGGCCUAAAGCGCAGAUUUGAGGAGGUGGACAGCAGCUCACCAUGCUCUACGCUCAAAGAAUCAGAUGAUGAUGUCUCAAGCAGUGACAGUGUGGAUAGCUGUGACAGUCUCAAUGCCCCCUGCACAUCCCUCACACGUAAGAGGCCACCCACCUCCAUUCUCAGGAGGCAAAAAACCUCUCUGGGCCAUAAGCGUGUGCGUUUUGAUGCAGUCACAGUUUACUAUUUCUCUAGAAGGCAAGGCUUUACCAGUGUUCCUAGUCAAGGUGGCAGCUCAUUGGGGAUGGCACGGCAUCACUGUGCCAUACGUCAGUACACUCUGGGGGAGUUUGCCCGAGAGCAGGAGAGCAGUCACCGCCACAUCCUACGCCAGCACCUGCGUCAAGAGAAGCUGAAUGCUCGGAAGAUGAAGUUGACGCGGAACGGCACAGUUCAUUGUGCCCAGGCUGACCUGCUGACACUGGAUGAUAUAUCUGAUGAGGAUCUGGAUGUGGAGGGUGUCGAAGUGGAUGAUUGUUUCUUCCUACAGCCCCUGCCUACCAAGCGGAGACGGGCACUCUUGCGUGCCUCAGGUAUUGCCCGUAUUGAUGCCCGAGAGAAGAUGGAGCUGCGUGCCAUCCGCCUGUCCCGUGAGGAAUGUGGCUGUGACUGCCGCUUUUACUGUGACCCACACCAAUGUGGCUGCAGCAGAGCAGGCAUCAAGUGCCAGGUGGACCGUGUGUCUUUCCCAUGUGGCUGUUCUCGAGAUGGCUGCCAUAAUGCAGCAGGAAGGAUUGAGUUCAACCCAGUCCGCGUUCGCACUCACUUCUUACACACAAUUAUGAAGCUUGACCGGGAGAAGAGACAUGUGCCAGGCUCCAUAUCUGCAGAAGACUAUGGGAAGGAAACUGGGCUGAAACCCAGUCCUUCAUGUGCCCGCUUUUCAUUGGACUCUGGAGUAGCAGUGAAGACAGAAGGCUCAAAUGAGCAGGAUCUCCUAGAAGAGCACUGCCUGGAGCAUGAGAAUGAGACAGCAGUGCUCCACCUGCAGAGUGCAGAAGAGCAGGAAAGGAGAAGGGAGCAGGGGGAGGAGUCUCACCCAGAGGAGGUGCAGAAUCCCAGUCCAAAAAUGUGUCUUUUGCAUGAGGAGCUGAGCAGCCAGGAGGAGGUUGAGAAUAUGGUUGAGGUAGACCAAAUGUUCUUUCAGAACACUUUUCCAGGAGGAGCAACCCUGCUAUGCAUCAAGGAGAACCAAGAGGAUACUCACAGUUUGAAUGAACAAGCUCCUGUCCUCUAUUAUCAGAUAGACCAUGUGGAAACAGCCACAUUUAAGACAAAUGACAAGCAAGAAGAGGAGCCCCAAGAUGGACAAGUAGAAGUAGAGGCCAGAAACAAGUUUCACAAAUCUCAAACCUACAGGCAGGAUCAGGUUGAGAGCUCUACUUCUGAACAACCUCAUCCCUCAUGUCUAAAAAGCAUUAAAGAGGCUGAAUUGGGCCACUCCAGCUCCGAACAUGGCCCAGGUGGCACAGAGUUUCAAGAGACUUGCCCAUUAGUUGAAGAAGAUGCAAUAAAACUUCCUCCAGAAGUUUAGAGCCUGCAAUGCUGCAUAUAUUUUGCACAAGAUAUGUAGUGAAAAUCAAGACAACCAACUCAGACUGAGAGAUGUGAACAGUUGCUGACAUUGGUUUGUGUUUAGAUAUAAGCAUGCACUAUAUUUGAUGUAGGACUUAAAAAAAGAAAAAUUAUUGAAGAAAAAAAUAGAAUAAUAAAUUAUUCAUAUAUAUAUAUAUAUAUAUAUAUAUAUAUAUAUAU